AUCUGAACAGCAGGCUUGAGCUUCCCACAAAACAAGAUUUAAACGAGAGUAGCAGUCUGUGUUAUUGACCAAACGUAUGAUGAGGAUGUCUGUAUAUUGGUCGAGUUCUUUUCUUGCGUGUAUAUGGACCAAGACCAAGUCGAAGUCUAUAAACAAACGAAGAACAAGGCCAAUAUCAAGCCAUCUUGACCGAACAAGCUUACCCAGUGAUGAAUAUAUAGUUCAAAGGGCACAAAUUUCUUGCGGGACACCGCGGGCAAUCCCGAGUGAGCAGGAUAGCCCCGUCUUACCAGCCCGGUAAGCCAAUCCAAAAAAAAAGGAUGCUGCUUAGUUCCUCGUUCUCGCUUGCGGAGCUAGCCAUAUAAUAACGAGAAUUAUCAAUAUCACAGAUCCAAACGUACGCGAACAGAUAAAGGAUUUUGGGGCAAAAUGUACAGUUUACGUCAGACAGACUUGGUUUCAAGCCACCGAUUCCUGUCCACCCCUCCCGCUUACAAAACAGACUUAAAGUCAGCGGUAAUUUAUAAAGUUACAGAAGGACGUCCCUUAAUUCAACCAAGGCACGAUAUUUUACCGUUGAAAUGGAUAUCCAGAUGGAAUUAACUUUUGAAGUGUUGGUCUAUGAGGAACAAGGAUUAAGCAUCAUUCAAUGUUCCACGAAUAUUCUAUUUUUCAGCCGCGCAAAUGGUUUACACGUUCAAGGCUGGAUAGGAGCAUAUUUGUUUCAACUAUGCUACCAAAUACGUCUGGAAAGGGGGCAACUUGUUGUCUCGGUCAUAAGAUGUUUGGCAGAGUUUGUUUUCUGCGCUUAUAGCAGAGGCAAUCUAGGUCAGGGAAUCCAGAGACGAGACGAUUCCAGGGAAUCCAGAGACGAUGAUCAAGAAAAUCAGGGCCAAGGAUGGCUUGGAAUGCCAUGGAUACCAGAUGAACUCUGAAGACCAAUCUAUUCUAUAUUUCUAUUAAUGAGAACUAUUUAUCAUAAAUUAGAAUAUAAUUUAUUGCAACGAUGUAUCAAGUGUUAAUGAUAGACGGCCGAAAUUAGCUUCAUGAUGAAAGUUAUUAAACAAAAUUCAUGGAACCAG